AUGUAUUUAACACGAUUUCUACGUAAACAACCGCUAACAAUAGCGCAGUUAGUUGAUCUCUAUGCACAAUAUCCACCAACUGGAUUGACAAUGAAAAAAAUUGUUGAGUUUGCGCGUGAAGGCGAUGCUCACCAAUCGUUUUUAUUUCUUCGAAAUGAAUUACCAGUUCGAUUAGCGUCGAUGAUGAAAGAAAUGAAUCAUCUCCCGUCGCGCCUUCUCGACAUGCCAAGUGUUAAAACAGUGAAUAGUUGGUAUGGAACAAGUUUAACCGAAUUGCAUUCAUUCAAAGGCCUUAAACCAACAACGGACGUGGUUAAAAGCUUUACAGAAAUUCUACAGAAUAUCAGAAAACGACAUUCAACUGUCGUCGAAACGUUGGCGCAAGGUUAUAUGGAAUUUUCCGACUUGGGUCAAGUGAAAGAAUACGAAGAAUCACAAAUACAAUAUUUUCUUAAUCGUUUUUAUCUAUCUCGCAUAUCAAUUCGGUUACUCAUUUACCAGCAUACAAUGUGCUUUGGCGAAGAGGUACCUAUACAUCCAACACAUCUAGGUUUCGUUGAUCCAUCUUGUUUUGUCGAAGAUACCAUUCGAGAUGCGUAUGAGAAUGCUCAAUUUCUAUGUGAAAGUUAUUAUCUGAAAUCUCCUCGAAUGGAACUUCGCAGUAUAAAUGCAAUAAACUCGAAUGAAUCAAUUGCAAUAGCUUAUGUUCCAUCACAUCUGUAUCAUGUCAUGUUUGAAUUAUUCAAAAACUCUAUGCGUGCAACAGUAGAAUGUACUGAAAGUAAAAAGAAUGGCGAUGAUCUACCUCCUAUAAAGGUUGAUAUUGUAAAAGCUAAAGAAGAUUUAACUAUUCGUAUUAGUGAUCGCGGUGGAGGAAUUCCACGUUCAAAAGCUGAUAAAAUCUUCCGAUAUAUGUAUUCGACUGCGCCACGACCUGUUUCGUUACAUGAUUCUCAACAUUCCGGCCCGGUUCCGUUAGCUGGCUUUGGUUAUGGUCUUCCUAUCAGUCGACUCUACGCACGAUACUUUAACGGUGAUCUCGAAAUCCAUUCCAUUGAUGGUUACGGUACCGAUGCUUAUAUUUAUCUUCAAGCUGUUGAAGAUCAAGCGAGUGAAUGGUUACCCAUAUGCAAUCGGGCUGCUUAUGAGUAUUACAUAUCACGGAAAUAUCAAUCUGAUUGGACGAAGAAGAAAUAG